UUUCCACGAGGCUCGCUUUUUUUGGGCUUUUUAAAAAAGCAGUGGAUAAAGAUUUUGGUCUUAACUUGUAGUUUUUACAUAUUUUACACAUUUCUUUGUCAUCAAAAGUACAAAAAAAAUUUACAAUGGAUUCACGAUAAGCAAACGAUCCAGUUAUAUUUACUUGAAAAAAUGACUCGACUUGCUGAGUUAAAUAUGAGUGAUUCGUGGAAAGCUCCUACGGGCAUGGAUUAUUUAAUAUUUUCGGCUUAUACAGAUCUGAGACCAGAAGUUAUUCUCGAUAAAGUUCCCGAAGCAGAAAACGAAAACACUUGGGCGAUGGUAAGAAUCAUCGGAAUAGUACCGGUCAAAUCCAAAAAUUUGCCAACAAGAUGUUUAUACAAAUUUUCUUCUAGUUUUUGGACAUCUAAUGUAAACAAUUCUAUAAUUUUAGAAUCUCCCGCGAUAGCUGUUGAUAUCGUAGCAGAUAUUGAAAAUCAUGGAAUGCCAUAUUCAGCAGCUUUUAUACUUUGUAAAUUAAUCAAAUCAAACGAUGAAAGUUUACCUACUCAAGUAACUUUUCGCAUGUCUGAUGAAGAACUUUUCGAAAAAUCAGAUCCAAAAAUUAAUUUUGUCAGUAUCAAAUAUGCAACUAGAACGCUAAGUUCAUAUCAGAAACGAUUUAUGGCUGUUUGUGUUCCAAGUUUACAUCACAAUUAUGAUAAAUAUUUAAAUUUAAUUGAAUUUAUUGAAUUUUAUCGAAUGAUGGGGGUAAAUCAUUUUACCUUUUAUAAUACUUCAAUUACAAAAGAAGUGAGUAAUGUGUUAGCUUACUACAGGGACGAGGGUUUUAUAACAGUAUUGCCAUGGAAAAUUCCUCCCAAAUACAAGUUUGAAAAAGAUUUAAGGUACAAUGGAAUAUUCGCAGCACUUAAUGACUGUUUGUACAGAAGUAGUAUGAUUGAAGCCUAUAAAUACAUUGUUAAUGUUGAUCUCGAUGAAUUCAUUGUACCGAGAAAAUACGAAAACUAUCAAAGUAUGAUGAAACAAUUAGAUCCGGAAUCUGAUGAUCGGAAUGCAGUGUUUAUUUUUCGGAACAAGUUUUUCUAUUUAAUGAACAAAGAUAAUCCUUUUCGAAUAACGCCUCAAGAUUAUCCUAAAUUAUUACUUGAAACGAAAAUUUUGAGAUGGUCUCGUAUCAAUGAAGCAUAUGAUCGAAGCAAAUACAUUACAAGAGGAUUAGAUACAAUAGAGUUAGGAAAUCAUAAAGUUAUAAAAACUAGAAAAACUUCUACGACAUUAGGUUUUGUGUUCAAAGAACUUAUAGUUGAACCCGAAAUUGCAGGAGUUCAUCAUUACAGAUAUUGUGAAGUAAACGAAUCAGUAUGUUUUUUACGAGGAACCGAAUUAGACAAGUCUGCUUUAAAAUAUGUCCUUCCAUUAGGAAGAAGAGUGAACGCAAUUUACAGUAAACUAUUCCCAACAAUUAAAAAAUGAAAAUAAAUGAUAAAAGAAGUAUUUAAUGAUAUUAUGUUUCACAUUAGUUGUGAAUAAAAGUAUGAUUUUUGUCGAAAAAUUGAUG